GUUAGCUCCUUGUUUCCAGUCGCCCAGGGAGGCGGCGGGAGCAGCAGCUGCAGCAGCAGUAGCGCCUGUGGCUUUGGGCGCCCCUGGCAAAGGAAAAGGGCGCAGCGCAGCUGUGGUUUCAGGGCAGUCUGAGGCGGGAGCGGCGCCCCAGGCUGGGGCUCCCUCGAGCAAGAGGGGGAGAUGCGCGAUUCUUGGGGCGAGGGGCCUUAGUGAGAGCCCAGGGUUGCUUAAAGAAUGGCAUAUGGCCUAUUGGAAGAUUAAUCAGAUAUGAAUAAAAGUCAGUAAAUCCUGAGGAAGUAAUAAAGGAGCUUCCCUUUUGUUACCUACUGUACUCAUGCUAAGGGACAUCAUCCUACCCAUGAUGGAAGCAGAUGGCUGGGAAUGGCUGGUAACUGCAGUUCAACAGCUGAUAUCCUGGGGGGCUUCGGCAGCCAUGAUGUUUGGAGGUGUAGUACCAUACAUCCCUCAAUACCGCGAUAUUAAAAGAACACAGAACGCAGAGGGCUUUUCAACCUACGUGUGCUUAGUAUUAUUAAUUGCAAACAUUUUAAGGAUACUCUUUUGGUUUGGGAGACAUUUUGAGUCACCCUUACUAUUGCAAAGCAUUAUAAUGAUAGCCACAAUGUUAUUGAUGCUGAAACUGUGCACUGAAGUACAUGUGGCCAAUGAGUUGACUAUAAAACGACGUUCCUUUUCAGCUGCAGAUAGUAAGGAUGAAGAAAUCAAAACAGCUCCCAAGAGAACCUUUCUAGAUUUUGACUUGAACUCUUUCUGGCACUGGAACACGUUUGCAGAUUAUGUGCAGUGCGUUCUGGCUUUCGCUGGGGUAACAGGAUGCGUCACUUACCUUUCCCUUGACUCCAGUAUCUUUGUUGAAAGCCUGGGUUUCCUUGCUGUUUUCAUUGAAGCCAUGGUGGGUAUCCCACAGCUCUACCGUAAUUAUCAGAAUAGGUCAACUGAAGGAAUGAGCGUAAAGAUGGUGCUAAUGUGGACCAGCGGUGACACCUUCAAGACGGUGUAUUUCCUCCUGAAUCAAGCUCCAUUCCAGUUCUCGGUGUGUGGACUUCUCCAGGUUUUUGUAGACAUGGCCAUCCUUUUGCAGGUUUACUUCUUCAGCUGUUACCCACAGAAACCUGUUCCACAUUCAUCACAUCCAGCCAGCACAAAGGCACUUUAAGGCACAGGAUGGAAAUGAUUAUUCAUGGGAGAUGUAGAAGAGGCUGGAAGCCAGCCUUAGCUUCCGCUCUGUUCGUACCUACUGUGUUUCUGAGGAACUAGAAGUAGAAGAAUCAAAGAUGCAUACCUACAUGGACACUUUUUCUGGCACUUUUUCCUCUUCUUUCGUUGGGUUGCAUCUCUAUUGAAAUGGAUUUGUCUUGUUUGGGAUUGCAGUGAGGGGUUUUCUUUUAUGUUCUUCUGUUCUUCUCAAUUCUUUAAAAUAUCUGUGCACGGACAAAUGUGUGUAUCCCAAGGGCUGGUUGUUAAUGUUCUCAACGCUAUUUUUUCAAAGGUCAGUCAUAAAAGUUGGAGUAUUUUGUCUGAAGCAUUUACCCAUUUAUAUGCAUAUGGGCUACGUAUUUGGAAUAUUUUACAUUCCUUAGAUGAAAGUGCAGAACCUGUUGUUGUUUUUUAAUGUGGUAAACCACACUUGGUAAGAUGGUAAGAGUUGAUAAUAAGAAGAGAUGGUUUAGUGAAUAAUGUCAAGGAAUAAAUUUUGUGCAACUGUGUUAAAUAUAUAUGCGCACACUGCUGGGUCAGUGUGAUGUAUAAGUACAUCAAAGUGAUUAGUCAUUUUGAUACAAAUGUUACUAUAGCCAAACAGAACAGACUAAUGCACAGUAAGUCUUCAGAGAGCUCAGAAGGAUGAGUAAUUUCAACACAUUGAAGAAAUUACUAACAUAAUCUAUAAAGGAUUUAAAAUUAAAGAGGAUGAGCUUGAACAAAAAUCAGUGUUUAGUUUAGGCAUUAUUUGCAUUCUGUUCCUGUAUUUUUGUUUGGUGGGAAAGCCACUUUGUUAUGUAAAUCUUGUUUCUGCAGUGUGAGCACAAUGGCAUUCUUAAAAGUUAUGCUCUUGAGUUGCACAGAUCUACUCCAAUAAGCGCUGCUUUUUAAGCUAAAGACAUUAUCUGAGUAACCUACUCUCUGUGCAAGAGAUGGUUUACUAGACUAGAAUAGAGAAGAGAGAGCAAUACUUUAGUGUUGGAUAAUAUGGCAAACCUUUUUUUACAAGAAAAUGUUUGUGUGUGAUAUUUUUCUAAAUAUUGAAUACCAAAUGUCAUUUUAUGUUUGGGAAGAAGUGGGGCUACUGAAAAGUAUGGUAGUGAUUCUGAGUUUUGAAAAUUGCUUCAUUUUAGCAGUGCCAUAACCAGUAACUGAAAGGA